AUGUCUGGGAGUGUCCGAGGACGGGACGAGAAGGGUCAGAUCAAGGGGGGAAGAGCUUCUUACACGGGUGACAUGCGCUACCAUAUGCAGGCCGCCAUUCCGCCACGCUGCCCUACCCAUUUGACCCAUGCUUUAUUAAACGGGGACGCCAAGAUAGGAAACAAGUCCCUCACGACUCUCGCUUAA